AUGCUAAGCUGCGCCUCCCCCGCCGGCAUGCCGCCAGCGCCGCACGCGCACGCGCCGACCUGGGGCAACAUUCUACAGCAGCCCCCUAUCAUCAAAUCUGAACCGAUGGAUGACGGCAGCUUCGCAAAGGAUCAAACGAGUGGCUUUUACUCAGAAGGCUUCCACAGCGCAUCGCCUUCAUCAUCUAGCAAAGAUUCGAAUGGUCACUCACCAAGAAGUGUAGGCAGUGCAGGAGAACCCUCCUCAUUCUAUGACAAUAUGUCUCUCAAAGCAAAAGCCAAUCUCGGUAUGCAUUUAGAUGCCUAUCGCAAUGGAUUACCUUAUAGCCUGCUUACGCCUCCAGGAUUCGAAAAUAGAACAGCAGACGAACGCGGUCCUUCACCUGGAUAUGAAACAUCGUAUUCUCCUAGGUCUUUAGCUCCUCCCCCGCACGUUUCAACCCCUUUAGCACGUGCCGAUGCCACGCCACCCAAAUCACCUAGAACUCCUUCUUCACCUGAAAGAGAUGAGCGAAGGGCCUUCGAACGAUUCCAUGAUUCUGGAUUUGAUGGCGUCGGUCAAAAUAAAAACGACGGUGACGAUGGUAGAGACGGAUCAAGUUUCGAAGACGAUUAUGAUGAUGAACCCGGUCUUCGCGUACCGGCCGUUAAUUCGCAUGGAAAAGUUAAAACAUUCAAAUGCAAGCAGUGCGAAUUUGUGGCUGUAACGAAACUCAGCUUUUGGGAGCACAGCAAGGAGCAUAUUAAACCUGAAAAGAUGUUGUGCUGCAGAAAAUGUCCCUUCGUCACGGAGUAUAAACAUCACUUGGAGUACCACAUGAGAAACCACAUGGGAUCUAAGCCGUUCCAGUGCUCACAGUGCUCAUACUCUUGCGUCAACAAGUCAAUGCUGAAUUCACAUUUGAAAUCCCACUCAAAUGUUUAUCAAUACCGUUGCGCUGAUUGUAACUAUGCAACGAAAUACUGUCACUCUCUCAAGCUACAUUUACGGAAAUAUAAACACAACCCAGCCAUGGUGCUAAAUUUAGACGGCACACCCAACCCUCUCCCAAUUAUCGACGUGUAUGGCACACGCCGCGGGCCUAAACAGAAGCCAAUGUCUAAGAUGUUCGAUCAACCUUGUAAUAACAAUCAAUCUCAGCAUCCUCCGCCGCCGCAUUCUUUAUUCGGGAAUCACUUUCCUGUCAAUUUACCGUAUCUACCACCACUUCUGCCUCCCUCUUUUCUAUUCCCACCGAAUAACAAUUAUGAACCGAGGACUUCACCAAGCUUGCCUGAAGUGAUGGAUAAGCGUCAAUCUGUUUCGCCGCAGUCCAUUUUGCAACAAAGAUUGUCAUACUCAGAGCGACCAUCUGAAGCAAAUGUCAGUCCUGCGCCAGUGAAAUCGCCUGUGAGUUCGCCCCAGACUCCAACAGCUCAAACCAAUACACCUACAUCUCAGCCUCAAACCAAUGACGCUCUUGACCUAACCAAUACUAAAACAAGCGAGGCAGGUUCACCACCACCAGCUGAACGCGCCAUGCCUCUAACACCUACAACGGCCAUGAAGAACAGACGAAAAGGCCGCGCAUUCAAGCUUCAACCGGCAGCUUUGAGACUUCAACACGAGGAUAACAAAAUGGAAGCCGACGGUUCCGACGCCGAAUCAGAAGCUUCCGCCGAUGCGCCGUCGUCGACCGCUCAGAACGCAUAUACCUGCCAGUAUUGUGACAUAACAUUCGGCGAUCUAACUAUGCACACAAUACACAUGGGAUUCCACGGAUACAAUGAUCCUUUUAUGUGUAACAAGUGUGGUGAGCGAAGCGCGGAUCGCGUGGCGUUUUUCAUUCACCUCGGUCGCGCACAACACGCCUAG